AUGGACGAUAUUCUUGAGAAUCUAAGCGCCGAGGAACUUGCCGCGCUUGAGAAAAGCCUCGAACAAGAAGGAACAGAUUUCAGCGAGAAGCAAGAAUGGAUGGAAAAACAGGCCCGUAUUCAACCGGUGAUUCAAGAGAAAGAAAAAACAUCAAAGACGAUUGAAAGAUUUUGCCCGAUCACGAGACAUUCCGAUAAUAAUGAUUCGGGGAAAGAAGAGAAACCUAAAUCAAGAAUGGAAAAAAUUUUAUCGAACUUGUCGAUUGCGGAACUAAAUGAACUCGAUGAGAUGACAUACAAGAAAGAAGACAACAUGUUCAAGUCAAUGAAUAAGGGCUCUUACAAGCGAAGGCAAAGAAAACCUGAGGCUGAAAAAGAUCAGCAGAGGAACGCGAACAUAUGCGAUCUGAGAAGUGAAGGACCAAUUCAGAAUCAGAAUGAUCUAGCUGAGGCUAGUUCUUUGAAUAUGAACAACUUAGAAAUCGCCGACUCAAUGGUCGAGUCUUUGGCCGUGAAAAUUCGUCAUCUAAAAGACUUGGAGAAGAUUUCUCUUGCAUUCAAUAAAUUGACAGCAUCUGGAAUUUGCCAAAUCAUUGAUGCUUGCAGCCAGACGUCUGUCAGAUUUCUGCAGCUAAAUAACCAAACAAAACAUCUUGGUUAUGCCGGAGAGGCAAAAGUAAAAGACAAGAUUCUGUCGAAAAACGAUUUACAACUAAAGAAGCUCAGCAUUUCUUGGAUGUUUUCUCAGCACCAGGUUGCCGUGGAAAAUCAUCUUCUAAAAUCUCAAUGUUUAAAUAAAUAA